GCCUGCGGCGGACUCGCGAGUGAAAAAGACAACGUGGUGGCUGUUGCGAGCGAUUGGUUUACAACGACAAAUUCGAAUGAUGAUCCUAUUUGUGAUGUGAAUGGCGGUAGGCAAAUCCGGGCUUGGUUGAACGGAACGAGUGUCACUGUUCGUGUUAUAGAUCGAUGCCGUGUGUGCGGUAAAGGAGACCUCGACCUCUCUCUUACUCCCUUCAGAAAGCUCACUGGAGAUUUUACCGGG